AUGGCUAGACUAAAGUCUGUUCGUGGUCCCAAACGUUUGAGCAAAAAUGUCGAGAUCGCACAGGAAUAUCAUAGACAGAACGUGAACAAAUUGUUGAUAACUAUAAGGUUGCCCUCGGACAAACUAAGAGGUGUUGGUCAAAACUCGAUACAAGUUCUGUCUUAUAGUACGCAUAACCCGCAUCAAUCAGUGGAAAUGGACCCAAGUGCUCACUACUUUCAACAGCUUCUGAGGUCACUGAUUUUGCCAGAGCCAUACGACUUUGAUGCAGGGGAGUUUGCAGAGUUGGAAACUGAGUUGAAUCAAGCUUUGAACCAGCCUCAACAAGAGCGACGGAGAAGCAGCCAUAGCAGAGGGGUAGAUAUAGUUGAGGCACUAAAAGCUAGUCCAAAGAGGAAAAAUCUGGAUAGCAAAGGAGAUGAAACUUCCGAGAUGCAACCAACUAAACCAAUCCUGCAACCACUUCCGCGACCAGCAACACCAACAAAACGAAGAAAGACAACUAAGCGCCCUACAAUUCUGCCGAGACAACAACCCACCUUCAAGCCUGUACCCGCCAAUAUUGUACCGAUUCUAGAAUCAGAGUUGCCACAUAUACGGGCUGGAGAAGAUGACGACGAUGAUGGGGUCAAUAUUGAAUCUAUAAUUGUUUCUUUACGAGAUCUGUUGGGAGGAACCAAGAUUAAGCUACCUGUACGAUCAAGGUUCUGCUCGCAUUUUGAUUGCUUCGAUUAUGAAAACUUCUGCCUAUUCUACCGAAUCCCAGCAUCGGUGAAAGAUAUAACGCGGAAGUCUCUAAUACAGCACAAAUAUAAUGAGAUGGCAAGAAGGAGUAGCAGUACCCAAACAUCGUCGCAACAAUCUCAGAAUCAAAGCAUGCCGCAGACCACGUACCAGCAGCUAAUGCCAUACCAGACAAAUUUCGGAUCAGGUACCGAUCAUACUUCCCCGAUGGUCAUUCAGCAACUCAGGCUUGCACCAUAUGUUAAGGUUGUUGAUAACCCGAUGCCAGGUCACAACUACACACUGAAGUUUGUCACACCAGGGUACGAAACUUGUCCCUUCUACUCAUGUCCCAUAUGCAGCACAAAGUUUCCUUUAAACGCGUUACAGAUUAGCGACGCAUUCAACUAUUUUGUGAAAACUACAGCUCCACUGGUGGAAAGUGUAGAGCUAGUGGGGCUGGAGAAAUAUCGGGCGAUCGGAGAAUCGGAAUCGCAGUUAAAUACUAAAAAUGCGGUUACAGGAGGGACGCAAGUUUUGCAGAUUAGUUCUGAUGACGAGGAGGGUGAUGAGAAAGAGCGAACAGAGUCCGCAACGAGACAGAAAAUGAAGCUUGAUAACUUUGUCAAUGGGUCGCUUGAUCCAAACGUAUUUGCAUCAGCAAGCAACCUAUUCCAUCAGAACAACAACUCCGAUUAUCAGGGGUAUACUCGUGACGAUCCAAUUGUUUUGGAUUAG